CACCGUUUCUUUUUUCUUCUUUUUCCCGCGGGAAUAAAAACGGUUGGAUGAGAGAAAAGAGAGAGCUUUAUCCAUGGCGACUGCUCUUCUCCCUUCCACACUGUCUUUCCGAGGCUCAUUAAUCAGACAAGUCAACCGUUCCUCGUCCGUUUUCUCCAACACCCAGAAGCGUGUCUUCGUUGGUUGCUCUGCCAAGAAGAAAAUCGGCUUUUUCGAUCAGAUUCUUGAUUACAUCGAGGGAGGGCCUAAGUUACGAAAAUGGUAUGGAGCACCUGAUCUUCUUCCCAUGGAUGGGUCUGGUGUGGAUGAAGAGGAUGAGAAUCAAGAAGAAGAAGAAGCGAGGGAUGCUGUUUUAGUGACAGACGGAGAUAGUGAAAUGGGUCAGAUGAUUAUUCUUUCACUGAUCGUUAAAAGAACUCGAGUCAAGGCAUUGGUCAAAGACAAGCGGAUGGCCAACGAGGCCUUUGGAGACUAUGUUGAGUCAGUGGCUGGAGACACGAAUAGCAAUCAAUUCCUCGAUAGAGCUCUCAGAGGAGUUCGGGCCAUCAUAUGUCCAACCGAAGGUUUUCUAUAUAAUGUUGGGAGCUUGAAGGGAAUCAAACACGUAAUUCUCUUAUCUCAGUUGUCCGUUUAUGAAGGUUCAAGUGGCAUUCAAGCUAUGAUGAGAGGCUCUUCAAAAAAAUUGGCUGAGCAAGAUGAAUCAAAGCUGAUGGCUUCAGGACUACCAUACACCAUUAUCAGGGCUGGCGCGUUGCAAGAUACUCCGGGUGGAGAACAAGGCUUUCGUUUUGAUGAGGGUUGUUCGGCGAAGGGAAGUCUCAGCAAGGAAGAUGCUGCUAUGAUUUGUGUGGAAGCGCUCAGCGCAGUCCCUCAAGGAGGAUUUGCAUUUGAGGUUGUUAAUGGAGAAGAGAAGGUAUCAGAUUGGAAGCAGUGCUUAGUCAAAUUGAUGGAGAAGGCUGAAUAGCAGCUGUGAUGAUCAAUUCUCCUCCUCCUGCCAAUUUUUCUGUUUUAUAAUCCUUUCUAUUGGUUCUUCUCAGCAACUCCAAGACAGAAAGUUUCAGCAAGUAGUUGUGGUCUUGGGAGAUCUUGACACUGUAUGACAUUCUCUUGUGCUAUUACUUAUCAUGGGAUCUGUUAGAAAA